CCGACGUCACCAAUGCAAUGGGUUCACAGGACAUGGAGCCACUGAGGAAAUGUGUCUUUCUCGUAAUGACUUUUCUAGGAAUGCUAAGAACUGUAGAUGGCUUCAAGAACGUAGCUUUAGGCAAGCCAGCGUCAAUGAACGAAUAUCGAGAGGGAAACCCACCAUCGGCAGCAGUGGAUGGGGACAACACAACGUUCAUCCAUCCUCCCAAUGGGCCAUUGGCUCCUAUCAGUUGGUGGGAGGUGGACCUCCUCGGCACCUACUAUAUCGUCAGCGUCAGUAUCACAAACCGAGAGUGUUGUGAUACUCGACUUGGGAACUUUACAAUUGACCUAAUUUCUGACGACCUGUCCGCCAGCCCGACCACCCGACUGUGUCACUUCUACCCAGGGAGCAUUGGAAAGUAUGUCACUGAGGUCAUUGCUUGUGAUGACCUGCUGACCGCACAAAAGGUCAGGGUCACUAAGAAGGGUCAUCUUGACUUCAGUGAGGUUUCCAUCAAGGCCCUGCCUGCAUGUGGAGGUUUGCAGUUUACAUUGAACCCUGGCAUCCGAAGACUGGACACUGCCUUGCGUCAGCUAGUUGUGGAUUAUACACCAAUGUGUGCAAUACACUGUCGAGAGGAAAUUGACUGCGACGCCUUCCAAACACUGACGUCAGCAACCAAUGUGACGUGUCAACUUCUCGUUGGUCAAAAUGGGAAUACCGUCACUGAUAACAAUUGGAAAUACUAUUAUUUGGCUGAAUGACAAUACAGCUUUCAUGUUAGGGCACGUUCACGUUUGUGUUUAGAUAUUCCCUUGGUUUAAUUUAUGUGUAAUGUAUUCUGUAAUUUAGGUCGUCAGUUUUAAGCUUCAAACUUUCUUGUCAAUCGCCCUAUUUGUCUUCUUAAACCUCAUCCAUUAUCCUUCCUAAUCUGUGCCAGUUAAUUGUCAUGUCUACCUCUUUAAGUUUGUGUAACUGUAUAGCAUAUGUAACUUCAUGUAGUUAUGGGGGCGGUCGGGUAGUCUAGUGGUUAAAGCGUUAGCUCGUCACGCCGAAGACCCGGGUUCGAUUCCCGACAUUGGUACAAUGUGUGAAGCCCAUUUCUGGUGUCCCCCGCCGUGAUAU